AUGUUUGCUACUAGUACGCCUACUGGAAGUGGGGCUGCAUCGGCAAGCAAUAUCACUGACGAGAAUGCGGAGACUGACGUCGAGGGUGAAAUUGAAAGUUCAUGCGACGAGACUGAUCAGGAUGAGGCUCCUACCGAGGCCGACAUAAUGAAUGUCACAGUGGAACUCGUGUUUAACGAGUUGCCAAGUCAUCUCAUUUACAUUUCUGACGACUAUGAAACCACGACACUUUUCGAUCGUGAGACUCUGGUCGAUCUGAUCCGUCCGGAAUUGAUUAGGGCCUGCAAGGAUGUCCCCAAAGACAAACUUCCUGAUGUGGUCAGGCAGAAGCUGAAAUACGCAGCUCUUUCUCACAGAUGGCUCAGCGUCGGCGAGCCAACAUUUCAGGAAAUGUCCGUGGAAGGAAACCGGUCUACAAGACCUGGGUUUAUCAAGCUCCGUAACUUUUGCCAGAAAGCAAGGGAGUACGGCUGUCGUCUUGCUUGGUCUGACACUUGCUGCAUCAACAAGAGCAGCAGUGCGGAGCUUGAUGAGGCCAUCAGGGCCAUGUUCAAAUGGUACCGCAACGCAGAGAUCUGCAUAGUUUUCCUUGCAGACUCCUCGUCCAUGUCGGACUUCCCGGAGGAAGUAUGGUUCCAACGCGGUUGGACACUUCAGGAGCUUCUUGCCCCUCCACGAAUCAAGUUUUAUGGCAAGCAUUGGGACGAGCUCAGUUGUUCUCGCAACGACAAGGAAGAUCAUUCCAUGUUAGAAGCUCUUUCUCAGGUGACUGGAAUAUCUCGCUGGAAUUUGCUAUAUUUCAGUCCGGGAUUAGUCGACGUUCGCGAGAAAAUGAUCUGGGCGUCCAAGCGGAGGACAACAAGGGUGGAAGACAACGCUUAUUCCUUGAUUGGAAUUCUUAACAUCAGCCUUAAUGUGGCCUAUGGAGAGGGCGAGCGGGCCUUUCGCCGCCUGAUGGAGGUCAUCAUGCAGACCUGUCGAGAAUGGCAGAUAUUUGCAUGGGCUGGUCCGCAUUCCCCAUCUCAGGCCGGCAUUCCCAGUUCUCCUCUGGCAUACUGUGCUUUUGACGAAGCAUCCGCCAGUAUACUUUCACCAGAUUACCGCAUAAUGGAUCGUCCCUCCAAGCUCGGUGACCCUUUUUUUACGAUGACGAAGAGAGGUUUGGAGCUUGAAGUUAUUCUGGUGAAAUUGAUGCUACAACAACCCACACCACGACGGCCGGGAGGAAAACGGAAAAAAACUCAAGCUAUCCGCCUCGUCUCCGACUCUGCGAACUUUCAUGAUGUCACAGCGCGGUGCGACAUUACCUUUCUGCCAUUCUCGCAGUGGGCGGUUGCUAUCGUGAACUACCAAGCUGAUGAAUCUGGAAAGCGUGGUGGCAUCGGAAAACUCAAAUCAACAAAUGACUACCUGUGCUUCGUACUAGGAUCCAGUAUUCAUAGUGCGUACGGAGGGUGGCAAAAGGUCGAGACGCAAAAAAUUGUGAUAAUUCGUACCAAGAGGGAGGUGUACCAACAAGUUACGACGGUGUGGCUUUAA